AUGUUUGGUCUCCGCACACUCGCCCUCUUAUUUCUGCUCCAAACUGCUGUAAAUGCAGCCCCGCUCGUCGUCGAAAGACAAGACAAUAAUGGAAUUACAACCCUCAUGACCCAGUCCACUACUACUACGCCUUCCGGCCCAAUGACCCAGACGUGUGUUAUCACGCUGACCCCGAUUACGGACAAGGACGGGAAACCCGCUGUUCAACAAGUGAAAACAUGUACAACCACCAAGGGCGUCCCUUCUAACAACGGCUCGUCAAAUACCCCUCCCCAGUCCGGGGGGUCGUCCAGCUCGAAUGAUGACAAGAACAAGAAUGGCUCCAACGAUGGCAGCAAUUCUUCGAGUAACCCGUCUACUACAUCUGGAUCUGGAGGGGGAGGUGAUGGUGGCGGUGGUAACAGCGCUUCCUCUUCUGCUGCCCCCAGUUCCUCUCCUUCGGCCAGUUCAGCGCCGGGAGCCGGUGGUGAAGGAGGGGGAGCUGCAGCGGUCUCUGCCAACCCCGUUUCAACUAUCGAUAGACCGCCUCAAACGGGUCCGGUUGCUGGAGCCCCUGCAACGACUAGUGCGCCUGCUCAAGCUGGCCCUGCUCAGACUAGCUCCGCACCAUCCACUUCCGCCACUUCACCACCCCAAGCGGCAGCGGCAGAACAAGCAUCGUCGUCACCGUCAGCCUUCUCUGUUCCAGGCCAGAAGAUCCAAGUGUUGCCAAUUGGUUUGGGAGUGUUUGCCGGAAUUUCAGUCAUCGCUUUGAUCGUCGUUGGUCUCGUCACAUACGAACGCACGAAAUACCGCAAGGCGUUCAGGGCACGCAAGCUGGCAGAGGCCGGAGCGGGUAUGGGCUACGGUGGCAUGGCGCAACGCUAA